AUGCUCAAAUACUUCCUUCAUUCUAAAGUCAUCAAGAAAGUAGGAGAUGAGUAUUAUGAGGCAAUCUUAGGUGUUAGUGCUAUCGCCACUAUGGACCAAGCAACGGUGAAGAAGAGGGCAAGAUUGAAUAUUGAAGCUCGAACGAAAGAAGAAGUAAAGGAAACUUCUUGUAAGGAUGAGAGAGCGAAGCAAGAAACGAGUGUUCCUCAAGUUAGAGUCAUCUACAGGAAUGUUGUUAGCCGUAUAUCAACAGAUUAUGGUUUCGAGGGUCAUCCAUUACGAAAAGACCUUCCUCUGAGUGGAUAUGUGGAAGUACGCUAUGAUGAUCCAGAGAAACGUGUAGUUUCUGAACCCAUUGAGAUGACUCAAGAAUUUCGCUAUUUCGAUUUUGCUAGUCCUUGGGAACAGCGUAGCGACGGAUAA